UCAGUCUGGGUACCCCGCUAAAAAGUGCACAACUGUCAUUUGUAAACGUAAUUUGCUUUAACUGAAGUAAACUUGGUAAUUUAAGGGUUAAAAUCACUAUAAUCUCAAGUUUCUUUUCCCCCAUUUUCGUUAUUCACCAUCAGCUAAGGCUAAAUUUCAUUGCAAGUGAAUCUUGUGAUGUCGGAUCCGGAGGAUCUGCAGGUGGAAGGCGACCAGAUCAUGGCUGACGAUUGGAUAUUUCAGUUACGAAGAAUUGGGUCACAAGCAACCUGUUCCAAAGUUCCUGAUACAAUGAGAUUAAACUUGGGAUUGACUCGUAUUGGUCGAGGACAACACAACGACUAUUACUUGGACUCCGCAGUACUCAAGAAUUUCAUAUCAAGAUCUCACGUUGAAAUAUUUGGCAAACAGAAUGAAAAUGGUGAAAUUGAGUUCAUACUUACUGACAAAGGCCUGAAUGGAACGUUCAUCAAUGAUAUUAGGACACACAAAACUUGUACGUUGGAAGUUGGAGAUAAAAUAACAUUUGGCCAUACCAAUGGAUACAAGAUACAACCUGGCAGCUAUGCAGAACAACCCCAGUCAGAAUUUCAAUUCCAGUUUGAAAGGAUACCAAGGAAGUCAAGGACUUCGGAGAUGUUUUCUGAAGACCUGACACCAAACACUACUCCAGUCGAGGAGAGUGAAAUUCACACAGAUCUCAAAAAAGACGCAACUAUUGUCUCUGACAGACUAUUUAAGAAUAGUGAUAUUCAGUCGAAUGUAGAACAAACUCAAGACAAAAGUCACUUAAGUGCUAAAUCAAGACCAUCUCAGAAAGGUCGAAACCGAAAAGAUUCCAGUUCUCAUUCAGACAAUGACCUUGACAUUUCAAAAAAUAGCUCACUUCAAAAAGGCAGACGCGGUUCAGGAAAAUUAAACUCAGAAACUUUAAGUAAAUCUCCGACAACAGAUUCAGUAAGUGAUUCAAAACGGAAAGUGUCUACUGGCAGCAGCAGAGAUGUGUUUUCAGAAACGUUACCAGCAGCAGAUGACAAUGAUGAGGGGAACGAAGAAGAAAAUGAGGAAGAGGAAGAAGAGGAAGUUGUUAAGAAGAAAAAAGGGACAAGGAAAGGGAAAACAAGUGUGCCAAAGAAAUCAGGAGGAAAAAGAAAAGUUGUAGAGCCACCGUCAGACUCAGAGGACAGUUCAGAAGAAGAUGAUUCAAGCAAGCCAGAGGCUGACCAGAGACCAAAGACUCAAUCACAAACCAACACAAAACAGAAACCAGUGAAGAAAAAGAGACCAGGAUGGAAGGAAGAUGUAUUGCAAUCCAACUUUUAA